GGCCAGUGGCGACGUUUGAAGCACUUGAAGUGCAUGGACGGAUUUUAGGAGUUCGUUCUUUAUUCUAUGCACAUAAGGAUUGGAAUUAAGGAUGGUGGAGAAAUGAAGGUGGGCUGUGCGUAAUAGUGGAAAGGCUGCCGCGCUGGUGGAGUCGACUGUGUAGUAGCUAGCUGGCGAUGUCGGCGUUGAUUCACGUCUUGUGUCUUGUACUGAAAACAGGUGUUUGGGGGAAGCUCGUGUAACUACAUUUGUUGUACUUGAAGCAGCUGUUUGCCAUGGCAUCACAAAAUGUUUACACCAUUCCGAAUUUGAACAAGGAGCCGGACAACUUCUUCGCUUACAGCGAUGGAGUUCGGUUGCGGAAAACACCCGUUGUCAUUGAUAAUGGUUCUUACGAGUGCCGAGUUGGCUGGGCGUCUGAUGAAGCACCACGAAUGAUAUUUAAAAACAUAACAGCGAAACAAAGAGGCAAGAAGGAAAGUGACGUACAAGUUGGAAAUGACAUUGCGAACAUCGAGGCUGUUCGGUGGCUCCUGAAGACCCAGUUUGACCGAAACGUUGUGACACAUUUUGACAUACAGGAGCAUAUCUUUGACCACAUAUUCAGCCACCUUGGUAUCCCCACAGAAAAUAGGGUGGACCAUCCCAUUGUGAUCACAGAGGUUAUUGGCAACCCUAGUUACUACCGCCAAAAUAUGUCAGAACUGCUCUUCGAACAUUACCAUGUGCCCCAAGUACUCUAUGGUAUUGAUGCAUUGUUCAGCCUGCACCACAACUGCUCCAAGAAAGCUGAGAAUGCAUUGGUCUUGUCGUUUGGACACCACACAACACACAUCAUUCCUGUACUGAAUGGACGAGUUGACAUCGAGAACUCCAAAAGGAUAAGUCUUGGUGGAAACAACAUAACAGCAUAUUUGCAGAGGCUCUUGCAAUUGAAGCACCCACAUCUGACAGCUGCAGUGACAUUGAGCAGAGCUGAGCACCUGGUUCAUCAGCACUGUUACGUCGCAGAGAAUUACAUUGACGAGCUGGAAAAGUGGGCUGACGUUGACUAUUUUGAUGAGCACUGUCGACAAGUUCAGCUUCCGUACAACAUGACUUCCAGUGGUGUUAUUGGCUCUGGAGUUGGAAAGAUGGACAUCUGCUUCAACAUUGUAAAGAGAGUGCAGGAGUCCAUAGCCAAGAAGAAACAGGACACGCUUGCAGAUGAUGAAGAAAAGCUGCAGCAGCUGAUUAGUAUUCAAGAGCUGUUGGAAUUUGAAGAUGAGGCGACCUUUCAGAGGACAUUGCAAGAGUUGGGAUUUUCCAGCAUUGAAGAGCUUAGCUUGGUAAUCAACGAGCUGCGGCGGCAAGUCCAGCAAGUGAAGAAUACACUUGCUAGUGGGAACAAUACAGACCCCGAUCUCAUGGAAAGUCUCUUAUUUUGCUAUAAAAAUAAAGAACCCCCCCUUUUUUUUUUUGCUUUAACUGUUUAUUGGGUUUCUCUUUUAUUGAAAAGAACUGCUUCUCUUUUUAACAUGUCUAAACUUGAAGUAGGCUGUAAUUGUAAAGUAAGCUUGCCAUUUUUGAAUAAUUUUGUGUUUGUAUUACAGGAGAGUGCAUUGAAACGAUCUUGUUCAGAUCUAGACCCUCGUUUCUUCACGGAACCGGAUGCUUGGAUAUCGGCUGUUAGGAAGAGAAGGGAGGAACUAAAAGAAAAGAAGAUGCUGCAGCAGCAAAGGUUCCUGGAGCGAGCACACAAUGCUGGGCAGAAAGGAAAGUCAAGAAAGAGGGAGCCCCAGUUUUCGGACAGUGAGCUUGACGAUGCAGAUUAUGCCGAGGAAGGAGAAGAGAUGGAAGAGAUUAUUGCAGAGUUUGAAAGGGAGUUCAAAAAGAAACAACUUGGUGCUGAACAGGUGGGCACAAGCAUUGCUGAAUAUUAUCAACUUCAACUAGGAACUGAAAGGAUCAGGGCACCGGAGAUACUUUUUCAGCCAAGCAUAAUUGGUGUUGAACAGGCAGGUGUUGCCGAAACCUUGGAGUUUGUGUUCUCUAGGUACACUAAAGAGCAGCAGUCUUUCCUGGCUCAGAAUGUGUUCGUAACAGGCAGCCCAGCACUGCUUCCUGGUAUUCGCGAACGCUUGUGCGCAGAACUUCUGGCCAUGCGUCCCUUUCAAUCACUCUUCUCGGUAACAUUGGCAAAAAACCCAGCUUCGGAUAGCUGGAAAGGUGCACGGCAAUGUGCUAUGCAAAGAGAUUUCCUCAGCAAGUUCGCUAUCAAGAGGGCAGAGUAUGAAGAGAAAGGUCCCGACUACCUGAAGGAGCAUUGCUAUUCUAAUGUGCUAAGCUCGUCCAUUUUGCCAUCGCCUGCAAAGCCUUUGACGUUGCAGUCUAGUACAUUGUGAUAGAUUUCAGUGUUUAUGCAAAAAGGAAGAAGAGACUCAGGACAAAAUGUAAAUUAUGUGACCAUUCUUGACUGAAGUGUUUAGUCCUUGCAAACUAUUUCCAUUUCAUCUAGAGACAUUCAUAGGCUGUACACAUUAUGUUGCUCAUUUCAGUUCAUGAUAAAUAUGUUGUUCGUUUAGUUAGUUGUGCUUUGGGAUCUGAUACUGUUGGGCAGCACAGCUAAGGGCCUUGGUUUUUUGCCUAGCUGGGACUGUGGUGAUGAUAAUCGCAUGCUACACUAAUUCAGCUGUUUGCAGCCAUAAUUUGCUGUAUUAUGGAGUAGUUACCUUUGAUUACUCCUUGAGCAUUCACGUUUGGCAGUUUCAGGUGCUAAGAGCAGGAUUCUCUGUUUAAAACAUAAAAAAAGAUGAAUUAUGAAGUUAACAGCAUCUCCAACCAAUAAGUGGAAUUCACUAAAUUUUGCAUUUGAAGGCCAACUUGGCUCCUUCCUUAGGGGUUAAACGGUGAACAUCUGUGGAACGCAGGUUUAUGGAAGAUCUUGAUGGAAGAGUGAUAUUAGAUAAAAGCUUGUUUUCCUGGUAGGGAAGAUGUUGAAGGGGUUGAAGGGGUGCGUGGACUAGUGGUGGCGGUGUUGACACAAGACGGGAGGCUACUGUUCUUGUGAAUCACCUGUUUCCUCUUGGUUGUGGCAUGCAGGACAAUAAUAUGAUGUGGGGAGCUUGCCAUUAGAACAACUGAUGGUUUUUAGCAUGUUCUGUAUGUGCCAUGACUCCAGUGACAGCCUUUUUCAGGUGUUGGUCUGUUUGUAGGAUUCCAAUUUCAUAAAAAACAAUUAUGGGUGGUUGGCAUCUUCUGAAGUACAGUGAUGGCACUCUAUACUAGUGAGGAAGUCUUGGCAAUGUUCUUGUGUUGCCUGAUUUUUUAAUUUCCUCAAUGUAUGUUGUUAGAGUCAGCACAUGAGAUCUUAAAUUGCUCUUGCAGUGACUGGCACUGUUGAAAUAUUGCUCAGUUGUCACGGCAUGUGCAUGCUAAAUAAUUGGCAUGCACUAAAAGCUGUGAAUAUUGUCUUAUAAUUUAAUUUAUUGUAUAUUACCACAUAUGAAUCAUGGAAUAGACGUAUGAAACAACCAUCGCUUAAUAAAGGCAUUGAACAUUGCUUG